UGGGUAAGGUUUACAUCAACUCCAUUUCCAAACAAUCCUCUCGCCUAGAUCCUGCUCUGUGUAUAGGCGUUUUGCUCGUGCAAAACAGACGGAUACUCUUCUUCCUUCGUUUCUCGCGCCUGAUCCGCCGCAGCUUGAUUUCUGAUCGUCCACCUUCGUUUGUUCGUCUUCGUCUUGCCGCGGCAAUUUUGAUCACGUAGAUCUGGGUCUCUCGCUCACGCCGCGACAGCUUCUCUCUGACCGCUUUGGGCUUCGUCGUCGCGACCUCUCGGAAUCAGUCCGAAAUUUCCUCUGACGAUCGCCGCCGCUCCUCGGCGCCGAGAGGAAUUUCGAUGAUUGGAUGGAAAGGGUGAAAACGUAGCAUUAGCAACUGUAACGGGACCAGGCAUAGUUUUCAUCCAAAGUUUGCCGGUUCAUCGGCUCUCUCAGCGUAUCGCCAGGACUUGGCUGAGAAGACCGAUCCCUCUUGGCAGUCUCCGGGUCUAAUCCUUCGUGGGGAGGUUUCUCACCGUACGAAUGGAUCCGCAGGCGCAGAAUACUUCGUUGCAGCGGCUCCAAAAUGUUGAAAAGAGAAUUGUUAGGGUUUUGGAGCUCGCUGGAGGAGUGAUGGACCAACUGGCGAACCCUGCAGAGCCUAAGAAAGAGUCUGUCAACAGUCAUUGUCGCGAGUUCAUGCAAUUGAUUAAGGAUAUCCAGGUAACAUUGAGGGAGGAGAUAAAGAGCGCGUGCGAGUACCGUCCCUUUGAGAAGUGCGAUUACAGUGCAAGAAUAGCUAACGAGAUAUGCUUGCAGAAGCUUUCUUAUGCUCUGUCCCAGCUUGACCGUAUGGACCAAACCGUGAACCAGUAUACUUCCUCGUCUGUUUGACUUUUUGGGAUUUCUCCUUGUUUGUCAGACUUAUAAAUCUUUGUUCAUGGGAUUUGUGCUAGGGAGUGAAUCAUAUUCUUUUGAUGUUUGUCCAUGGCGAAAAAAAAAAUCAGAUUACAGAAAGGAACACGAUUCCUUUUGUUAUCAGCA